AUGGAUGCCAUCUUCGACUGGUAUCAAUUCCACGCCACGGGCCAUGAGAUCUCUACCGAACAGCCGUCUUGGAAGCGACCUGCAUCUCCCCAAACGUCCCCAAACACUGAAAAAAGAAAACAGCUAAACAUAGAACAAGCUUGGCCCAGAGAUGCACAUCUGGCUGUGAAAUACGGACAAGCAACGCUUCCUGACGCUCUCUCCAGCCAAUGCCUGCGUGAUCCCGGCCUGCGCAAGCGGGAGCCAAGCACCCGCGAGGCGCCAAAGGCGACAGCGAGAGGGAGAAGUGGAAGAGUCUUAAUGGUGGCCAGCCCUCUACGGUUUUUACCGCCGUCGUCCGUAGGACAUCCCUCGACUUCGAUUGUGAAGAAGCUCCCACAUUGUCGCUCAUUGGAAUGCUUGCUGGCAGCAAAAGACUCGCGUAUCGAGUUCCUUACCGAGCGCUGUCAUGUUUCCAAACCCGAUCUCAUCGUUAUCGAUCGUUUCACACCCCUGAAUUCCGUCUCCCGCUUCGGUUGCAUCCGCGAUCUCGUUUUCAAGCUUGGUGGUUUCAAUCCUUGCCUCCAUCUAGCCAACAUCGUCCAAACUCCCCAGCAGGGCAUUUGUCAGAUUCCAAAGCGAUCUGUCCCGGCCCUUGCAUCUAGACCUCUCUUUUGCCAGACACAGUGUCAUUCUUUUGCUGACUGUGAGCCCAGGGGACUACACAAUUCCCAGUCUGCGCAAACCACAAGAUCCAACUGCGGCGUGCUUGUGGGUUCAUCCUGCGAAGAGUAUCAACUGCUGUGGAAGCCCGAGUGGUCAAUCUUUCUUGAGAACCGGAAACUGCCAGCUUGCAGCGGGUUGGGUCUCGACCAUUGUCCCCUUUCAACCAUCGUUUCUGGAGAGUUGUCUCUGCUUGACGGUGCGUCGUCCCGCAAGCUAUGGGGGCUGCAGCGCUAUUAUAUAGGCGGAAGCAGCAGGAUCCGAUAUUCCAGCAGCUCCAGCCUCCAGGCCCCAGCGGCGACCCGACGGUUGAUUCUCGGGCUUCGGGCUGGCACUGGCGGGCAUCAGGCGAUGCGGUCGCGGCAAGUUCCGAGGGCCCCGGGAGAAUUCGGAACCCGCCCGAUGAGUCAGCGCACACUCCCCAGCUGCCAACAUUUUCCCUCCCGAUCAGCAACGAACGCGCAACAUGAGCGACGGCCAAGCAGAUGA